CACUAUAAAACCCUUUACACCUAUUCCGAUUCUCAAACCGCUUUUUCACGCCUUUAAUCUUCUUCCACAACACACAAGAAUUCUGCAAUCAAUUCUCACGUAUUUUCUGCGUUACACUCAACCAAAGCAUCAAUCAAUGGCUGUACAACCUGAAUUCGAAGCAAUCGAUAACAACCAAAACGUGUUGCAAAAACACGUUGAGUUCUUCGACCGCAACAAAGACGGUGUGAUUUACCCCUGGGAAACGUUUCAAGGGUUUCGAGCGAUUGGGAGUGGAAUUGUGUUAUCUUCGGUUGCUGCAAUCUUCAUAAAUGCUGGGCUUAGCGGCAAAACUCGUCCUGGAAAAAAGUUACCUAAUCUGCUUUUCCCAAUCAACAUUGAAAACAUAAAAAUGGCGAAACAUGGAAGUGACUCUGGCGUCUAUGAUGAACAUGGAAGGUUUGUUAAUUCCAAGUUUGAGGAGAUAUUUCACAAAUAUGCACGCACACAUCCGGAUGCCUUGACGGCAGAAGAAUUGGAUGAGUUCAUCAAAGGAAACCGGGAACCCAAAGAUUAUGGAGGAUGGAUUGGUGGUUUUUCAGAAUGGAAGAUACUGUAUUACCUGGCUAAGGACAAAGACGGGUUGUUGAAAAAGGAUACCGUUAGAUCUGUUUACGAUGGAAGCUUGUUCGAGAAAAUGGCAGCUGAAAAGAUUAAUAAGAAGAAACACAUUGAAAAAUAAAGAGAAGCAGGGGUGUAAGUGUUGUGUGAUUGGUGUUGAUCGUGUGGUAAAAAAAACUAGAGAAAUUGUGUGUAUGUAUGUUUGUGUAUAUUCUGUAUAUAUGGUUUGUCUUUAACUUAUAUUCUUUAAACAGUAAUUAAUAACCGUUUCAUAUAAGUUAUUUCAUUUUUGUA